AUGACCGACCCUCUUCGCCCCGGUUUGCAACCGGUCUCCCACCUUAAGGCUGGACCGACAACUUCCAGCUCCAGAUCCACCGCAUUGCCUUCCCCGAUUCAACCACCUAUUACACGCCCCUCUUCUCGACUGAGAACCCAGAGAGCCUCUCAUCGGGAGGAAGUGCUGGAUGCUGGAAGUGAUAAAGCCACUCUUGCCUUAAUACGACGCGUGCUUUGUCCCCAGACAAGUAGUAACCAUGGCGCCUCCUCUCCACAGCCUCCGGAAGAGCUGUUACCUCCCCUUACGAGCUCCAAUGACGUUGAUCGUCAGCUUUACGCGAUUCUUGCUAUUAUAAUGAAGGAGUUUGUCUACUCGUGGUACUCGAAGAUCACCCCAGAUCAGACAUUCGUGAAUGAGGUGCUACACGUCAUUGCACAUUGCACCCGUGCUUUGGAACAAAGGAUCAGGAAGAUUGAUGCUGCACAAUUGAUCCUGGAUGAGAUUCCAGCACUGGUGGAAGCACAUAUACUUUCUCACAGAUUGGCCAAACAACAGUCGCAUCUAUCUGGAUUGCCAACGUCGCAUAAGGCACUCUAUCAUGAGAUGAACCCUCAUCCUGGACUGUCUCCUGUUCCAGAUUAUGCAGAUCCCGAUACAAUCACUGCGCAGUCUGAGAAUGAGGCCGUGUAUCGACAAUUACUCGUUCAUGGCACUUUGGCAAUUUUGUUGCCCACGGAAGACCUGGGGAAUGACACUGUUCGCGUACUUGUCGGCGACGUUCUGGCAGAUUUGAUCCUGGGCAAAGCAGUUGGAGACAGAAUAUGUGAAGCACGGUUCCUCUAUGAAGUCGUCACUAAGCUCACCGAGAUAAUGAGACAUCGUAAAAGUCCAGAGAAUCCAGGCACGAGCGCUGCUCCUGCUAAUCGAUUAGAGAAGUUUGGUCUCCUAUCGACCAACGAGGAGUCUGCCAGGCCGCAAACAGCCAGCCAAUCGCUAGCCGCGGUCUGGGUAUGGAACGUUCUCCAAAGCCUCUAUCUUGGUUACGUUGCCUUGCGUUUCAUUGCGACGGGUCUCUUCCGCGUCGCAUCGAAUCCAGGGCCGGGAUCCUCGCACGGAGCCGGUGUUUCAUUUCCCGCUGCAACGCCAGAGUCUUCCAAAGACGGCUUCGAGUCCCCGUUGUCAGACAAGACUACCAAUAAGCGCCCUAUUCUAGACUAUAGAGUGGCCUCGAUGGCCUCACAGUUACUUGGGAUGUCCCAAAGAAUGCCGUGGCUUUCCGGCUUCCUUGCCCUUAUCCAACACCUGAUCCUGGCGGGGCCAGGUCGGAUUGGUGACACGGACGGGGUCUUUGACAGAUUCCUCCGGGAAACCAUUGAGGAGUAUGUCCUGCCCCCCACUUUGUUGCCCAACCUUCUUCUCGCAACGAGGACCACUCUAUUCCCAGCCAAUACCCGUCCAGUACCUAUAGCAGCGGUCGCUGCGAGUAACACUGCUGCCCCGGCCUCGACUCCACAAGUGUCCGUGCCCACCCUAACGCCUAGUGGGAAAGGACUCAUCACGGUUCCGGCUUUCCAAACACCCAUUGCGGAAGGAGGCAAGGUUAUGCCUGCUACAAUUGCUGGUAGCGAGAUAGUUGGUAAAAGUAGUGCCGGCAUUAGCAGCAGCAAUCAUGUUACUAGCGGGAACAACAAUGUUAGCGGUGGCGUCAAUGAUCAGCUGCCCGCAGUAUCAGAGCCAGUACCAGAGACAGCGGUAUUAUCGGGAGCAACUAUAUCCCAAUUGACGACAGAUGCGAUCAAGAACUCAACAGACUCUCCCACCGGAUCGGAGAAAAAACUUUCACUUGCUGAUACGGAGAUCGCCGCUAUCAAGCGGCGAUGUGCAGCUAGUCUACUGGGUCUCAUUCCGCGCAAUGUCGCACAAACCUACUUUGGCGGUCCGCCUCCCUCUAGACGUGAUCGUACCUGCAGCACCACCACUGGGAGUUUGUCCUCCCUCACCACCACCACGACCUCCUCCCCGUGCUCUCCGUCCCCACCCGCAUCAACCGGUGAGUCUGGUGGAGAUCAGAGUACCCGAUCGUCAUCUCAGGGAAAGAAGCGGUCGCCACCAAGUCCAAGUCCAAUUUCAAUCUCAGUCCCACGCGACCCCUCGGCGUCUACCCUGUCAGGGCCAAGAUGUGGCGACUCCAUUGCCGCUGGGGAAUCGCGCACAGACACGGAUGACGAGGCCGGGGUGACUUCGGACGAAUUGUUUCUUUUGGAGUCGAUCGAGACUGAUCUACUGGAUCCUUUCUCGGAUGAGUACUGUAACAAGCAUCUCGUAUAUUCUAUUAUCGAGACUGUCUUGGCUAGAAUUCUGCCUGAAUUGGCUGAACGCAGUGUUGCCGAUCUGAUGGAGGAUCGCGGUAUUGUCCCUCUGCCUGCUGCAGGCAUUUAG